AUUUGCCGCCCAGGACGGCAUUCUGGGAUUACCGGGUCUCCCCAAACUAUCAUGGCGUCCUGUGAAGAUGGCGACUACCAUUAAACAGGCGUUGCUGGAUUUCCUGACAAUUUAAAUUCAAGGAAUUGGAGACAUAGAGUGAGAGACGAGGGCCAGGAGAACUGUGCUAGUGGCCAGAAGUUUUCAGGCCAUCACUCACACCCCCACACAGAGCUGAUAAAACGGAGUGUGCAAUGGACACUCGGCAAGGUGGGGACGAGGCAGCAGAGAGUGAACACACUCUAGAGGAAACGUCUGCAAAAGAAGGAAGUGAGAUGAUGCACAAGAAGAACAAGAAGCACAAAAAACACAAGGGCAAAAAGAAGAAGAAGAAACGUGGCAAGGGAGAGCGGGAGACCAGCUCAGAGUCGGUCCCAGAGUCCGACGUAGAGAAGCCACCAGUCAGAACCAGAGCAGGCUUGAGGAGUGCUGGCCUUGUGGCUCCUGAUGCAGCAGCAGGUACAAAAGAUGAGGCAACAAAGGGCUUGAUCACAGCAGAUAAACCUGAGGUAUGUGAUGCUAAAGCCAGAAAACACAAAAGACAUUUUGGGAAAAAGAAGAAAAAGAAGAGGAGAAAAGGGGAAGAGAAGCAGGAGAAGAACUCACCUUUACACUCAGAGAGCGAAUCUAUGUCAGGGUCAGAUUCUGAGUCUGAGGAGAAGCCUGCUGGCACGGAUGUGCAAGCAGUUCCCAUCCUGUCUAAGGCCAGACAAGAGGAAAAUGUGUCCUCCCUACGUCUAACUCUCGGCCAAAAAGAGGGAUCUCUGAAAAUGUGUCAAACCUUGGAUGAGCAGUCUGCGGAUGCACGAGGAAAGACGGAAGAGAAGGCGCCCCCUGCUGACAGGGAGGAACAGACCGUCUCCGUCAUAAAGACAGAAGCUUCACGGAGCGACAGGUGCUUCAGUCACUCCCAGGAGCUUCCGGACAUCAUCCCCAAGCAAGGCGGCCAGAGAGAGGAGACAAACGCAGGGCAGAGGUCAAAGGUGAAUAACCAUGCUCCCUCACGGUCAAGGUCACAGUCACUGACGGAAUCUAAAAGAGCCAGAUCGAGUGUGAGUCGUUCGACAAGCUCCAAGCGGUCCAUAUCAAGCCGCAGUCGUUCACUAAGCCCCAAGAAAUUGUCGGGUCUGCCUGUGUCUAGCAGGGGCAGGUCUCGAUCCUUCUCAAAGAGCAUGACUCCCAAGAGGAAGCAGUCUAAUUCCCUUAAAAGGACAGGGUGCAAGUCCCCUUCUCUGUCCCCCAGGAGAGGACCCAAGUCCCCUUCUCUGUCCCCCAGGAGAGGACGCAAGUCCCCUUCUCUGUCCCCCAGGAGAGGACGCAAGUCCCCUUCUCUGUCCCCCAGGAGAGGACGCAAGUCCCCUUCUCUGUCCCCCAGGAGAGGACGCAAGUCCCCUUCUCUGUCCCCCAGGAGAGGACGCAAGUCCCCUUCUCUGUCCCCCAGGAGAGGACGCAAGUCCCCUUCUCUGUCCCCCAGGAGAGGACGCAAGUCCCCUUCUCUGUCCCCCAGGAGAGGACGCAAGUCCCCUUCUCUGGCGCAAGUCCCCUUCUCUGUCCCCCAGGAGAGGGCGCAAGUCCCCUUCUCUGUCCCCCAGGAGAGGGCGCAAGUCCCCUUCUCUGUCCCCCAGGAGAGGGCGCAAGUCCCCUUCUCUGUCCCCCAGGAGAGGGCGCAAGUCGUCUCCUCUGUCCCCCAGGAGAGGGCGCAAGUCGUCUCCUCUGUCCCCCAGGAGAGAGGACCCGCAAGUCGUCUCCUCUGCAAGUCGUCUCCUCUGUCCCCCAGGAGAGGACGCAAGUCGUCUCCUCUGUCCCCCAGGAGAGGACGCAAGUCGUCUCCUCUGUCCCCCAGGAGAGGACGCAAGUCGUCUCCUCUGUCCCCCAGGAGAGGACGCAAGUCGUCUCCUCUGUCCCCCAGGAGAGGACGCAAGUCGUCUCUUCUGUCCCCCAGGAGAGGACGCAAGUCCCCCAAGAGAGGACGCAAGUCCCCUUCUCUGUCCCCCAGAAGGGGACGCAAGUCGUCUCCUUUGUCCCCCAGGGGGGGACGCAAACUGUCUCCGUCUCCAAGACGAGGGCGGCGGUCUGAGUCCAGGCCUCGUGGUCGUGUCAGGAGGUCGAGGACCAGAACCCCCCCCCCUCGUCGUGGUAGACCCUCGAGGUCCCGCUCGCCUGUGAGGCUGACUCGCCGCUCAUGCUCCAAAUCUAGACGGCUCCGUCAUUCCCGGUCCCUGAGAAGAGGCCGGCGCUCCAAAAGCAGCUCCCCGUCUCACAGGAAGAGGUCCCCCCCCAGGACACGACGGUCCCGGUCUCCGGUCAGGAAAGGCAAGCGUACUCGGUCCCGCUCUGUCGUGAUCCUGAAGAGGAACAGGAAAGGCUCACUGUCCAAAUCCCCAACAGGCAAGAACACCAAGUCCCGCUCCAGGAGCUGCAGGAAAUCCAGUUCACCAGUACAGAAAAUACUUUCUAGAUCACCAAAGCGGAGCAGGACAAAGUCCAGAUCCCCAAUACGCAGUAAACCAUCAAGAUCACCAUCCCCAUGUAACAGGUCUUGUACUCCUAAAUCCAAAUCGCUGAAAAGAAACAAGUGUUCACUGUCAAAAUCGCCCAAAAGAGACAUAUCGAAAUCUAGGUCUGUCUUAAGCGACAGGCAAUCUGAGAGCGUAUCCCCAGAACGCUCAAGAUCCAGGUCUACUGACCUGAAGUCUCUGAAAUCAGUCAAACAUACUGCAGACAAGACUGUGAAUGAUGAACCACCUACCAAGCCUGUUGGGGAGGCUGUAGCAACAGCUGCAACAGGGCCCUGGAAGCCCCUCCCUUGGGCUGCACCCUCCAGUUCUAUCAUACAGGGCAAGCCAGUGGCUGGGCAGGCUGACGAGAGCAGCUCUGAGAUUCCAUCUGAAGACCACGACUCCGCAGCAGAAGAGCCAAAGGGAGCAAGAAGCCCAACAAGCUCCUCUGAAGAAGAGCCAGAUGAGCAUGCUAUCUCCAGGUCUGUGUCACCAGAGACCGUUUGUGCUGAUCGUCGCUACAGGGUAUCAUCUUCUAAAUCCUCCAUCAAGAAGGCAUCAUCUUCGAAACAACGCCAGUCCUCAAAAUCAGCAUCUCCUGCCAGGAAGUCCCACUCACCUGCCGGCAGAAAGACAUCCACCUCUCCCUCACGGAGGUGCUCCCGGUCCAAGUCUACCUCUCAGUCCAAGUCUACCUCCAGAAGGAGGCGUUCCAAGUCCCCAUCCAGGAAAAGGAAGUCUGUCUCCCCGCCUGCCAGACGGAAGAAGAGGUCCAAGUCCAGAAGUCCUGUCUGGCGCAGGAGAUCACGCUCUAAGUCACCGGCACGGCGCAGGAAGUCACAUUCCAAGUCCAGGACCAAGCACUCAAAGUCCCGCUCCCCGGCCAGAAGGAAGAGGUCCAAAUCCACAGACAGGCGCAAACGCCUCAAGUCUCGUUCUCCAGGCCGAAGGAGAAGGUCCGUGUCGCGACGGCGCCGGCCCAUCAUGCGAAAUCGCUCGUUUGAUCGCCGCGACCGAUGGAAACGGGAACCAAGCCAUUCACCCAUCCUCAUCCUCCGCAAGCGCCGGUCCACAUCUCGAACCCGCCGCAGUGCCAGCAAGACCCCUCCUCGUCUCACUGAGCUGGACAAAGACCAGCUACUGGAGAUAGCGAAGGCCAAUGCAGCAGCCAUGUGUGCUAAAGCAGGUGUGCCCAUUCCAGAGAGUCUGAGACCCAAGGCCAUCCUCCAGCUUCCCCUGCCCAACCCAGCCCCAACCCCUCUGAAUCUGCCUCUUCCCCUGCCCCUGCCUCUCAACAUGCCCGGCAUGGGAAUGCCCAACAUGAACAUGCCCAACAUGAACAUGCCCAACAUGAACAUGCCCAACAUGAACAUGCCCAACAUGAACAUGCCCAACAUGAACAUGUCCAAUAUGGCCAUGAGUGCUGCCAUGGCCAGUAUGAAAGCUGCCACCAUGACUGCAGCCCUCACCAACAUGGCCCAGAUGUCAAACAUGCCCCAGAUGGCUCCCCUCCCCACCAUCACCAACAAGCCCCCUCCUAGCCAGGCUCCCCAAACAACCCUUCCCCCCCUCAACCUGGACCACAUAGAGGAGGUGAAGAGGAAGGUGACUCAGCAGGCCAACAUCUACAGCAUCAAGGAGCUCACUGAGAAAUGUAAGAUGAUAGCGGCAAGUAAAGAGGAGAUGGCCAUAGCGAAGCCGCAUGUGUCUGAUGACGAGGAUGAGGACAGGAAGCCUUGUGGCAAGAGCUUAAGUUAACUUUCUUUGUGGCGCAUCAGAGGUACUCCCCAUGGAUACCAUCACCAGGUGUCAAGGUUGUGUUGUGGUUAUAGAGCAGGAACCUCAUCAGAUACUGCCAGCCCUUCUUCUCUGGACAAUCAUUCCCUCCCCAACCCCUCCCAUCAGUACUCUAGCUGUCUGGGGAAGUGUUUGAAAUGUCAGUGAUCCUGUGUCCCAUUGGACAGACUGACCUGAGUGUUCUUGUGUGUCAUUGGACGGAUUGCAGUGUGUACAGUGUGGUUAUCCCUAGCUUCUACACGUUGCUCAGACAGAGCUCUCUGGACAAUGACUGAAGCAAAAUGAUAUAGGAACAUAUUUUCAAUGUUUUGUCAACCCUUUCUAAUGUUAAACUUCUGUUCCUUUUUUUAUUGUGUUCAGUAAUAAUAUUUCCACCUCAUGGUUCCUUUAGUGACAUUUUAACCUGUAAUUAAGUGAACUGCUCGGUCUGCCCUCAGCACGCACGGGCACACUAAUACACACAUCAGUAAUAUGAUGGUCAGGUGUGUCUUUAGUGACGGGCAGACGACCAGGUCUCUCCAUUGAGAAGACAAACUUAUCAGGUCUUUGUAGGAUCCACUCUAAAUGUUUUCAUUUCUCUACAUAUUAACUGAUGUAAUCUUUAGCUAUUUUAAUAACAAAUGCAUUUUAGGAUUUCCUUGAUCAGUAGUAGAAUAUUAUUUGGCUGACUUUGUACAUAAUAUGUUGAUUAUUAAAGGAAACCAGAAAAUCA